AAAAUAUAUAUGAACAGAAUUCUUCCAAUAACCACAAAUGAUGUACAUAAUUUUGGACGACAUCUUUGUCAAAAUUAAGUUCACAGACUGGCGCAUAUCUGCUAUUUUUACUAUAACAGACAUAUAGGCAUAAUAAAAAUAUUGAUUAAAGCAAGCACACCACUACAGGGUAUUGAUUCUGGCAUCAUUUAUGGAAUACCAGCUACUAAAGGUCAGGCAAAGUGUACAUGUGUGUAUCUUUGUUGUUUUUUUUCUAUAAUUAGAUAAAAAUGGAUUUAACUGACUGGUCAUUAGGAAAUGCUGACGUGCUUCAAACUAUUGCCAAUUUGCAAUGGAUUUAUGGCAAUCCGGCAAUGAGUGAAAAAGUUUCAAUGUUCAGACUGGGGUAUGAAGUAUACCAGCGAGUUAGUGGAGCAAGAGAAAUUGAAGUUUUAAAGGCACAAACUAUUAAUGCAAUCGCUACAUAUGUUAGAGAUAAUCCAAAGGCAUCCAAAGAAGAGAUACAGAAAGAAAUUGCAAAGCAAAUAUUUGCAUUUGCCCAAAAGGUGGAUCGUAUUUAAUACAAAACAAGAUUGCGUAUUCAAGUAAUAUUUGUUCAAGGAUAUAAAACUGUGACAUUCCUCUGGUAAAAUUGUUCUAAAAUAAGGAAAAAAGGAACUGAUUUAGAGUAAUCAAUAUGUAAUUACAGAAAAUGUAUAUUGUUAUAUGUAUACUUUUCAUUUCAAUUUUUGUUUAAUUAACUAAAGACUCAAAAACAAUCAAUUAACCAUGCCAAUCAAAAUAUUGUCGAUGCCAAAAACAACCUAUUUCUAAAUGUAUCGCCACGAUAAAGACAGAGUUAUAAAGUCAACAUAAUAGGUAAUACAUUGUAUAGUAAAUAUUAGUGAUGCUGGUUUAUUACAAGUAUAAUGAUGUAGUUAUUUCAACGCAGUGCCGGGAUCGUGUUGUAAUGAGUAACUAAGUGCUUAUAACAAACAAUAAAUGAAUUA